AUGUGCAAGAGGAAGGUCAUCUUAGUGCAGCAACGACACAAAAAGAGUGAGAGCUCAGGCAAGGCAGCAGAUCACAUCAAGGUAGUUGUGCGUGUUCGGCCGUUCUUGGAGCAUGAGGACCCGUCGCAGAGUUCGGUCGCUGUGCCCCAGCCCGACCGAGGAGCGUUGCCCUCAACGUUGAAGGAGGACGUGUAUCAGCAGGUGCGAGAGUGUGUGGAGGCUGCGAUCAGUGGAACCAAUGUCUCCAUCUUCGCGUACGGACAGACCAACGCUGGAAAAACUUACACCAUGAUGGGUCCUCCCAGCUACUCUUACUCGUCAAGAGCUAUUCACCAGAAGACUGUUGAAGAGGAUUUUGCGGAGAAGAAUUUACCGCUGCGAGGAGUUAUUCCUCGGUUCCUGACAGAGCUCUUGGCGUCGACGAGAAGAGACGACAUGGACGUCAAGAUCGAAGCGAGUUUCUUACAGGUUUACAACGAGAGGGUGCUCGAUCUCCUCGCGGAGACAGGAGGAAAGCAGCAACAGCAGAAGGCCCUGGAGCUGAGAUCGGGAGAUCGCGGAGUGGGGGAGAUUCAAGUUGUGGGCAACGUGAAGAAGUCUAUCAGCAGUCUGUCGGAUGUGUUCGACAUCCUACAGCAGGGAGUCAAGCAGAGGAAGGUUUGUGAAACAAGCCACAACGAGCAAUCGUCGCGCAGUCACACCAUCCUCCAAUUGAUGCUCACCGUCACAUCAAGAGGAGGAGGAGACUUAGAACAGACGUCGUCCUCCCUUUCCUCCCGCACAAGCAAGAUCUCCCUCGUCGACCUGGCAGGAUCGGAGCGAUGGAGUCAGAGCGCAGACAGGAAGGAGGCAGUGACCAAGACACAUAGAGAGGAGAUGAGCAACAUCAACCGAUCUUUGACGACUCUGGGUCGCGUUGUCAAACUUCUCUCGGAGGGGAAGCACGUUGGACUUCCUUUCAGGGAGAGCAAGUUGACGAGAUUGCUGCAGGCAGGGAGACUUUGA